GAUUCCGGUUGCAUCCGCCCAGCAGGAAGAUAUUAGUAUUAGUUAUAGUAUUCAUGGUUUUAUGAAAGUACUAUUUACUCAUCGAAGAAAUAAUGAUUUUACUCGAGAUAAACAACAGGAUAGUGGAAGAAACACUGACUUUAAAAUUUAAGAAUGCUCUAGCGGGACAUAAACCUGAGUCAAUAGAUAUUACCAUUGCCGACUUUGAUGGAGUUCUGUUCCAUAUAUCAAAUGUUGGAGGUGACAAAACAAAAGUGAGAACAAGUAUAUCUUUGAAAUUCUACAGAGAACUCCAGGAACAUGGAGCAGACGAACUGUUAAAGAAAGAAUAUGGUUCUCUUCUGACACAAGUUGAAGAUGGAUACAAUGUUUCAGUGUUAAUUGAUUUAGAAAAUGUUCCUCAAAACUGGGAAGAAGUCGUAAAGAAGAUUGGGUUACUGAAGAGGAAUUGUUUUGCGUCAGUCUUUGAGAAAUAUUUUGAUUUUCAAGAGAGAGGUGAAGAGGGUCACAAGCGAGCUGUUAUUAACUACAGAAAUGAUGAAACUAUGUAUGUGGAGGCAAAGGCUGAUCGUGUAACCGUUGUAUUCAGUACUAUCUUCAAAGAUGAGGAUGACAUAGUCAUUGGCAAAGUGUUCAUGCAAGAGUUCAAAGAAGGGAGACGAGCAAGCCAUACAGCACCACAGGUUCUUUUUAGUCAUCGGGAACCUCCUCUUGAAUUGCAGAAUACAGAUGCUAGGGUGGGGGAGAAUAUUGGAUAUAUAACUUUUGUAUUAUUUCCACGGCACACAAACAGGACAACACGAGACAACACCAUCAACUUGAUCCACAUCUUUAGGGACUAUCUUCAUUACCACAUUAAGUGCUCCAAAGCAUACAUCCAUUCUCGUAUGAGAGCUAAGACAUCGGACUUCCUCAAGGUGCUAAACAGAGCAAGGCCAGAACCCAAAAACAUGGAAAAGAAAACCAUAACUGGACGAUCCUUCAUAAGAAAAGAAUGAUUCCUCAUGAUGUAUAGCAUGUACAAAGAGAUGCAUCCUUCAAUUCUCCUUUCAUGAAGAGGAAUCAUCCAGCUGGCCUGCGCAUGACUUAUUGUACUGCAGUGGGCUUAUGAUUCUACCCUGUGUGGUUUCACAUUCAUGGGGGAGAAUGCAAUUCAUCUGGUGCUAAGCGCCUGUCAUGAUCACAAGGCCACAAUUUCAAGGACGCUGAAAUCAAAUUGUGAUGGCACACUUCUUAUGUGGCUUUGAGUCACUGGCAGAUUUGUAGUUUUCUUUUUCUGUGUCAGGUUAGAGUUCAAAGUCGAAUUAACUAAGAAUGUUACCUUAGGAUUGGAGUGUUCUUUCUUCUGUUUUAACAAUUUUAGUGAAGUAAUUAUGUCCCAUGAUGUACAAUUGAAGUCUGUUCCCUGUGGGAUGGUAUAAUGCAGCACAAUCGCCUGAGAGCUACCAGGAAAUCGUUUGGCUGUUCAGGUGGGAGGGAUAGUUGUUCCUUGCAUCAGCUCAGGCAAAUAGCUGGUUCACUUAAUAAACCAAGGAUAUAACACAGAUUACACUUUCUCUUCACUAUCAUCAAACUAAACUGCUGAAUACCUACCAUGAAGCGAGCUCACGUGUUAUGUCCUGGCCAACUGCAAUCCAGAUCCCCUCUUAUGGUAUUAAACAUCAGUCAAGUUCCUUUUGUCAAGAUACCUCAUGUGAAUUACAUGUAAGCUGUGGGGGAUGCAGCAUAGUUGGUUGAGGCAGUAUGCUACAGGCUGGAAGGUCACGAGUUCAAUUCCAAAUGAGGUCAUUGGAUUUUCAGUUUACCAGAUCCUUCAAGCUGCUCUAUGGCCUUGGGGUCAGCUCAGCUUUUUAACUGAAAUGAAUACCAGGAAUCUUCCCGGAGGUAACGAGUGGCCAG